AUGGGACGCAGAUCACGAGCGGGCUCGAUCACGUCGACGACUUCGGUGGGCACGGCGACGAUCGAGUCGAUUGUUCUGGAAGAAAUGAAGCCUCGGGCCAGAAGCAAGUCGUUAAGCGAGCUCGAUCCGGUGACCAACGCUGACGUGACAAAACCGGUGAUGUACCCAUUUUCGGCGAGGGAAAAAGAGACCUUGUGGAGCGAGUACACGCAGGACUACAUGGGCAGCUGUAUACUCAGCGUUGACGACCAAUGGAUGAUAGAUGAGGCCACGAGCCAGGAAGUGCUGGAGUUCCAGAACUAUCUGCGCUACAACUACGAGGAAAAUAAGCAGUUUCUGAAGGAAACCAACGCGAUAAUCCAGGACCUGAACAGGCUGCUGUUCAUUGGAGACCAGGUCACGCUGCAAACGGUGGACUUCCAGAAGAAAUCUACGCAGCUGAUUGCAGAGAUCGAGCAGCUCGACAGGUUGCACGAGGACAUCUCCCGCAAUCUGACGCUAUUCGAGAAGCUCGAUCCGAUUGUGCAGACGCUCAACACCAGCAGCAGCGGGUCGAUCGUCACCAAAGACAGUUUCCGCCACGAUAUCCUGGAGGAGCUGGACCGGUGUCUUGCUUUCGUGCACGAUCCGGAACACUCUUCUUUCAAGGAAAUUGGCAUUUACAGGCAUAGAUUCAAGCAGUGCAUGAUCAGAGCUCUCACACUGGUGAAAAACUACAUCGCCACGGCGAUCCGCGAGCUGGAAACGGCUCUGCAGCAGAAAAUCACAGAAAAAAAGAAGGAGCAGGGCACAGUGUCUGCCAGCACCUCGGUCCUGGUGGACGCGUUUGUGUAUAUCCAGUUUGAGGAGGACGCUGCCAAGUAUACUGGACUCUUUGAGGAGCUGUACACACGGGCAGUUAAGGUGCAGGACCAGGAGUACCUGGGGCUGUUAAAUGACUGCUAUAACCAGUACUUUAGAUCGCGCUCCAAUCUGCUCAAUUCUGUCGUCCAACAGCACAUCGCGGCGCAGGAUACUUCCAAGGGCUGCAUCCAGCUGGCACAGAGCAACAUCCCGUACUUCAUCAAGCUGAUGGAGCGCGAGUACGACAUAUUUAGAAGACUUUUUUUCUUGGCUCCUCAGAAAUGCAGCCACGACGUGGACAAUUCCACGAACCUGCUGUCGCUGUCGAAAUGGUUCGAGGAGCUGUUGGAUCCACUGUACAACUUGCUAAGAAACAAGAUAAUACGCGAAAAGAGCAUUUCAGAGCUCUGCGAGCUCAUCUCAAUUCUGCAGAACUAUGACGACGUGGAGGAGUUUGACGCGGAGGGGCAGACAGAGGAGUCCGACAUGUUCCACCACGACGCGCCGUUGCAGGAGAAGAUCCACCUUGGCGAGCUUUUCCGGCCGAUUCUGGAAGACGCACAGACAAGACUCGUGUUCAGGGUGCAGGCCUACGUGGACGAACAUAUUGUCAGCUAUAAGAAAACAGGCAGAGAGCUGACGAUCGGACAUCGCCGCAAAAACAGCGUUUCCGACCCUAUAGCCGAGGAGCCACUGCAGCAGCCAGACAGAGAGCUUCGUGGCGACAGCAUUUUCUCGCUGGACAACACCACGCUGACGCCCCAAAGCCUCGAGUUUGUGUAUCCGCCUAUCGUCAACGCUGUCCAGUUAUUGAUGAAGAUCUACCAGCUGCUGAACCCGAGCGUGUUCGACGAUCUUGCCAACGCGGUUGUCCACCUCUCGAUACUGUCGUUGCACGCGAAUUUCGGCAACGUCCCUGGUGUCGAGUCCAAACUGUACGAAAUUAAAAACCUCAUGUUUCUGCGAGAGUACAUUUCAACGUUUGAGAUAGAACACGUGCGCCGCGAAACGAAUUUGGACUUCAGCGGGAUCAAGAAGAUGUUCAGCAGGUUCAUGCGCGGCGACAAUACCAAGGAGACGAUCGACACGAACUUCUCGGCCGCGAAUGCUGCGAACCCUGAGCAGAACCGAUUCAUGAACUUGUUGCUGGGCUCGGUUCCGCGGGUGGUGAACGACUACGUGGACUGUCGGUACGAGAUUCAGAUGGCGCUCAGAAACGCAGUGCACGAGUUCAUCGACGAGUCGUCCCGGCCGUUCACCAAACCGCUAGAGCUCUAUCCUCAGCAGUCUUUGCGCAAUGUCAUGGAGAAGUUCAUGCGGACCCUGAAAAACGAGUUGCCCCGUCUCAAACCACGCAUACUAGCGUACUUGAAGGACGACAGGAUUUUGAGCUUUCUGCUGGAUGGAAUCCAGGAGACCGUGAUGAAGGCAUACGAACAGUUCUAUUCCAGGGCAGAGACAGAAAAGUCCGAGGACAUCGAGCAUCUCGUGGAUGUGGACGUCGUGAUCUCGUUGUGGGCGGACCAGAUCAGCGAGAUGAUCUCGCUGGACGACCCGGAACUUGACCUAGACGUGUACUCUGACGACGAACAGCGAGUGAGCGAAAACGGAGACGUCAGCAACCUGAAUCUCAAUGCGCUAAAGUAA